AUGAACUUCCGUAGCUUCUCGUUGCUGGUGACGGCGGCCGCCGUCCUCGCCGGAGUGGUGCAAGUUGCCCAUUCUUAUAACCGUCCUCCGCCGCGGGAAUCACUCGUCGUGUCGCCGGCAAAAAAUGCUGAUCCUACCACUCCACAACAAGUUCAUAUAUCUUUGGUCGGUGAAGAUGGAAUGCGAAUUUCAUGGAUUACAGAUAUGGAUACUCCAGCCACCGUAUACUAUGGUACAUCUUCCGGGAACUACCAAAAUUCAGCAAACGGCACCGUUUCUUCUUACGAAUUUGUCUAUUACAAGUCUGGUAAAAUACACGAUGUAGUAAUAGGUCCAUUGGAGCAUAGCACCGUGUAUUAUUACUGUUUUACCCCUGGUUCAACGUCUGAGUUCUCUUUCAAGACUCCUCCAAGGCGAUUUCCGAUCAAAUUUGCCGUCUCCGGUGAUCUUGGACAAACAGAAUGGACGAAAUCGACCCUGGAACACAUCUCACAAUCAAACUAUGAUCUGUUGCUUUUACACGGAGAUCUGUCUUAUGCCGACGCAUUGCAGCCGUUGUGGGACUCAUUCGGCCGGCUGGUGGAGCCGCUAGCGAGCCGACGGCCAUGGAUGGUGGCACAAGGCGACCAUGACAUUGAAAUACUCCCGGACUUCCACCAGAUUCCGUUCACUUCCUAUAAUGCAAGGUGGCGAAUGCCAUAUGAGGAGAGUGGGUCUACGUCUAACCUGUAUUACUCGUUUGAGGUCUCAAAGGUUCACAUCAUCAUGUUGAACUCCUACAUCGAGUUUGACCAUGGUUCGAUACAAUACCGAUGGUUAGAGUCUGAUCUGAAGAAGGUUAACCGGAGCAAAACACCAUGGCUGAUUGUGGUUGUUCACGCUCCAUGGUAUAAUUCUUACACUGCUCAUCAUGAUGAGCCGGAGUCAGUCUACAUGAGGAAAUCCAUGGAAGAAUUACUUUUCCAUCAUCGUGUAGAUAUCGUUUUUGCAGGGCAUGUCCAUGUUUAUGAGCGUUUUAAUCGCGUUUACCAGGAAAAAGUUACGAUUUGUGCCCCGCUGCAUAUCACAAUCGGGGAUGGAGGCAAUAAGGAUUUGCUUGGUGGCAUGUUCAUAGAUCCGCCAUCAGAGAUAUCGGCAUUUAGGGAAACGAGUUUUGGGCAUGGAGAAUUACAUGUGGCAAGUGAAAGUUAUGCAAUGUGGUCGUGGCAUAGAAACGAUAACGAUGAAUCGGUUCAAUCUGAUUCGCUAUUCAUCCAAAGCCUUGCUACUGAUCCACUUUGUAACAAGCAUCAAACAUCCGGUUCAUCAAUUAAGAUCCUCCAUCGUGUCUUCACCCAAACAGUCAUAUUCUUCAUCAAAUCAUCUUCUUUCAAAAAAAUAUUCAUAGAACCCACAAAACUCUUCCAAUUAUCCACCAAAACCCUAAAAAUCAAAACCCAAAUUGCACGGGUAAGGCAAGAAAGGUAUGAUGAAAAGAGUGGUAAGAUGUAUGAGCUUCAGUUGUUCAAGAUCGUGGCAGAAUAUGCAAGAUCAUUGCAACAAAAGCAUCAUCAGUGUUCAAGAUCAUGGCAACUAAUGGAAACUCCAGUUUAG